GUUAAAAAAAAACAUACUCGCCAACGUCUUGUGCGCAAUGAAUUCUGGGAGUAAAGAGGCCGUGAAGGAUGAGCAGCCUUGGUUUGGGGCCAAACGGAGGGCGGAUCUGUGGGGUGGAUUCGGAGGCCCCUUCCACAUGGGACAGUGCUUGGCGCCACGAUGGCGCAUGUAGCCGACGAACCUGAACUUCGACGUGUGCAGACCCUGAACUGGGACACAGCUACAGAACCGGGCCAUCCGGUUCUAGCCAGAGCUCGAUCUGAGACACAUAAAUGUGUCUCACAUAAAUGGGUAAAACUGUGUCCCCCCCCCCCCCCCCCCCUCCGGACCCCCUCAGUAAAACUGCAGAUUUUAGAGUAGCCUUUCAUUGUGGGCAGCCUAAAACACACCGGUGCAACAAUCACGAUGCCUACUGUAUUUUCCAGACUACAUGUCGCAUUUAUUUAGACAAUUACUUUACAAAAUCCAAGACCAAGAACAAACAUUUGAUCUAGAGAGGAAAGUUAUUCAGCUAACACAACAGCACGUGGAGCGACGGGCUGAAUGUGUCGGUACGCUAACGUAACGCCAGAGUUUCCUCCAGGAGUCUUUAAACUGUGAGGGAGAACUCGUCUCAUUACACUUGGUGAACAGCUGAUCGAGGUGCUGAGAAAAUACAAAAAUUUUUACGCCACAUUUGGCACAAACCCGGUCUGCCACCGGCUAAGUUUCACCUUAAAUAUGAAAUAACUGGGUCAGCUGUUCAUCGCGGCUUCUCCUGGAGGAUGAAUCGAUCGGACCAAAGCGAGUCUUUUUCUUGUUCUUGCGGCCUCGAGAACAAGGACAAAGUUCUUGUUUCUCUUUCUGUAUGUGAGUUUGUAACAAGCUUUACUCCGCUCCGUCACCUCUUUUUACUGUCACUGUCAAGAACCAUACAGGAAGUUGAGACGCCAGUGUUUGUUUUUCAAAAUUAAAUGAUUUGCAGAGCAGAGCCACAUUUACGGAGUGCAACAUCACUCUUAUUAUGUCUGUAAAUGUGCAGAAAUACAGACUUGUGUUCAUAUGGAGCCAUUAAUACGGUAUAAUUUACAUUUGUAACAUAUUAAGAAAAAAAAUCAUAAUUCUGAAAGAACCACAGCUUUUAUUUUGCCGUGAUGUUGAUCAUUUAUGUAGCGGAAGCCCUGAGCACAUUUAGCUUCAUACCAGCAUAAAGAGCAUACCUGGAGGGUGAACAGGCUAAGUUAGGAUAACAGCCAGCGACUCCAACAAGCCAGUUACCGAAAAGUUCAAUAGGCUCCUGGUCUCACGGAAUACAUUAAUUCUGCGUUCUUCAUCCAGGACCAGCCAAACUAUGAAACAAAAGUGCGGCUUUUAGUCCAGAAAACACGGUCAACAGUAUCUUCAUAUACAACACCUGUGAGGUGGAUUAUCCCGGCAGUCUCAGAGCAAAAACAAAAGAUUCCAGAAUGACGUCUGGAUCAGGACCUGGAUCGGGUCUGGAUUGGGACUGGAUCAGGUGUGGAUCAGUACCAGAUCAGGAGUUUCUUGUAGGAAAUGAAAAUGGAUCAUGAGCUGUUGAAGGAAGCAUAUUCAUCAUCUAAAGGCUCAGUUAUACUUGCACAUCGUCCGUGUCAGGUCAGCUACGUCAGGUCGGUUACGUCAGGUCGAUUAUGUCAUUUCGGCUACAUCAGGUCGGUUACGUCAGGUCGGCUUUGUCAUUUCGGCUACAUCAGGACGGUUACGUCAGGUCGGUUACGUCAGGUCGGUUACGUCAGGACGGUUACGUCAGGUUGGCUACGUCAGAUCGGCUAUGUCAUUUCGGCUACAUCAGGACGGUUACGUCAGGUCGGUUACGUCAGGACGGUUACGUCAGGACGGUUACGUCAGGUCGGUUACGUCAGGACGGUUACAUCAGGUCGGUUACGUCAGGUCGGCUUUGUCAUUUCGGCUACAUCAGGACGGUUACGUCAUUUCGGCUACGUCAGAUCGGCUAUGUCAUUUCGGCUAUAUCAGGACGGUUACGUCAUUUCGGCUACGUCAGAUCGGCUAUGUCAUUUCGGCUAUAUCAGGACGGUUACGUCAGGUCGGCUUUGUCAUUUCGGCUACAUCAGGACGGUUACGUCAGGUCGGCUUUGUCAUUUCGGCUACAUCAGGACGGUUACGUCAUUUCGGCUACGUCAGAUCGGCUAUGUCAUUUCGGCUACAUCAGGACGGUUAUGUCAGGUCAGCUACGUCAUUUCGGCUACAUCAGGACGGUUACGUCAGGUCGGCUAUGUCAUUUCGGCUACGUCAGGUUGGUUACGUCAGGUCGGCUAUGUUAUUUCGGCUAAAUCAGGACGGUUAAGUCAUUUCGGCUACAUCAGGAUGGUUACAUCAGGUCAGCUACGUCAUUUCGGCUACGUCAGGAUGGUUACGUCAAGUCGGCAACGUCAUUUCGGCUACGUCAGGACGGUUACGUCAGGUUGGUUACGUCAGGUCGGCUACGUCAUUUCGGCUACAUCAGGACGGUUACGUAAGGUUGGCUACGUCAUUUCGGCUACAUCAGGACAGUUACGUAAGGUUGGCUACGUCAUUUCGGCUACAUCAGGACGGUUACGUAAGGUUGGCUACGUCAGGUCGGUUACGUAAGGUUGGCUACGUCAUUUCGGCUACGUCAGGUCGGUUAUGUCAGGUUGGCUAUGCUGUCACCGCCGUAGGCUCCUCGUAGGUCCACAGAGGGUCGACUCAUCCCCUUCCCAACCAGACAUGCUAAUGCUACACAAAGAUGUUUCCUUCUUCUCAUUUGUUUGCGCUGUAAAAGGUUCAGCAGAUAGAUCAUUUCUUCAUCUUCUUCCACGAUCUUGGGAAGACGCCGGCCACAAUUGUUCUAAAACCGGAAAUACUUGCCAGAGCUGAAGUGAACCAUCGAAGAAACUCUGCCCUGUGGAUUUACCAGCCGAUACCAGCCCUACUGCCACCUGCAGAUCCAGAAAGAAACUACAACAUGGCGCUGCUUCCCUAUGCUCGAGUAUAUACGCACAUUUCAUCUGCGUCGCCUAUGUGGACUGGACCCGCCACAGACGCUUUGCGAGUAUAACUCUAGCUUUAGAUCUUUUCACCCAUGUAGACCUGGUUCUGGUCCAUAGGUUGGAUUUAGAACCAAAGCAGUUGAACAUAAAUCAUCAUCACUGAGGACUGAAGCCAGCCUGGACCUGGUCCAAGCUGUGGUUCUGCUCCUGGUUGACGUUCUGGUUCUGGU